GUGGUGAGUCGCAAGUCGCAAUACUGUCAGAAGUGCUCCGGCAGCUUAAAGUGGGUAGGUACAUGUACAUAAACUGCAUUUUCAAAUUGAAAAUUUUAUAAGAAGAAGAAAGAAACGUAACAUCGUAACAAUAUCGGAAUGGCUCCAAACAUCAAAGAAAAGGCGCGACUAGUCGACGAGGCUCCGCUGGCGGCGCCCGCGCCGGAGCCGCCGGCGCCCGGCGCGGGCCCCCGCGAGUACGCGCUGCGCCUGCACGUGGCGCUCAAGUUCGCCUACUGGCACCUCGGCGCGCUCUACGGCCUGUGGCUGGCGCCCCAAGCCCGCCUCGCCACCGUACUCUUCAACAUGGUGUUGUUCGUGGGCAUGGGGCUGGGCACGUCGGUGGGCGCGCACCGGCUGUGGGCGCACCGCGCGUUCAAGGCCGCCGCGCCGCUGCAGGCGCUGCUGCUGCUGCUGCAGACCCUCGCGAGCCAGCACUGCGUCGUCAACUGGGUGCGCGACCACAGGCUGCACCACAAGUACACCGACUCGGACGCAGACCCGUACAGCGCGCGGCGCGGCUGGUGGUUCUCGCACGCCGGCUGGGUGCUGUACCGCAAGCACCCCGAGGUCGUGAGCCGAGGGGGACACGUCGACGUCUCCGACCUCAUGGCCAACCCGCUCCUGCGCUUCCAGAAGAAAUACUAUUAUCGGCUCAACUUCCUGCUAGCGUUUGUACUGCCAGUUGUAAUACCGGUGUUCCUGUGGGGCGAGUCGUGGCGCCACGCGCACUGCCUGCAGCUGCUGAGCCUGCUGGCCAUCUCGCACCUCGUGUUCUGCAUCAACAGCCUCGCGCACGCCUCGCGCCCCCGCCACCCCCGCCGCCGCCGCCAGCCCUACGACACGGCCGACACGUCCGUGCAGAGCGACCUGCUGUACGCGCUCGGCUUCGGCGAGGGCCACCACAACUACCACCACGCCUUCCCCUCCGACUACCGCCUCUCGGAAUCUGGAAUGAAGUAUUUUAAUUAUACCAACGCUCUAAUCGAGUUCUUCGAGCGGAUCGGUUGGGCGUGGGACUUGAAGCGGGCGAGUCCGGAGAUGAUCGCGAAGAGAGCGCUCAGGACGGGCGACGGAACCCACCCGCGCUCCCUCCACGUGAACGACGGUUUCAGCAAUUCUCCUUGACUAAUUUGUGUUUCUAUUCUUUCAUCUUUAAUGGCUAGUCAAUUGUCUAUUGAAACCACAGUCCUACCGAUCAAAAUAUAAAUAUUGAAUUGAUUGUACAUACGAGGUAGGCCAUCUUAAUUUCACUAGGAUAACUUUUCAGAAAACUGUUAAAAAGUAUUUAUAAUUUACUCCAUGGUUUAAUAUUUACUUUGGCGGCGGAACGUUACAUUCCCUGUUAUUGUGUUUGUUUAUUGUUAGGUAUAUGAUUGUCACCUUGGCUAAAUAGCCUUUAUACCUAUACCUACAAAGAUGACAAAGAUGUAAGAGUUUUACUAAGGCAAAAUUACAAUGUUGCAAA